UUUGCCUGAGAGUCUCUGCCCCCUCAUUUGUCACAGAGGUUUCCGUUCUCCUCUCCCAUUAUUGAUGGGCUUUCUAAUCUCCCUUCUUACUCUACAGAGUCGCUCUGUUUCCAAUCUUCAUCAAGUCACCUCGUUUUGCUGAUAUGGCUAUCCGGGUUACUUUUAGCUAUUCUGGCUAUGUCGCCCGAAGCUUGGUUUCGACGGCCGUUGUUCGUUGUUCGUGCACGUCUACCCCAUGCUUCCAAGAAUGCUGGAGCCGGUCUCGCAUGUUUUGUCCUGGCCAACAGAAGCAUGAUGUCAAUUCCUCCUCCCCUUGCGGCGUGCGUAGUUACCAUUCCAAUUUCAGGCGACCCAAAACCAAUUGCUGUGCUGGAAAUUCAGCAUCUACCUGUACGACUCUCGCGGCGAGAAUUCUGGGUGAUAAUUCUAAAAACCCGUUCGUUUCGGGUUUGAUUUCGAUGAUGAGUUCAACUAUUGGUGUAUCUGGUUCAUGUGGCGUGGGUACAGCUGUUUGCGAUAUUUCCCCGUGGAAACCUACUUCAAUUAUACCCUUUCUACAGGGGUCGAAGUGGCUUCCUUGUAACCAGUCGAUUCCCUUCAUCGCAAGCUGUGUGAAGGAUAAAGGCGAAACACGUGGCUUUAGCGCGAAAGAUAACGAGGGGUCGGGGUACACUUCUAAGGAUGUUGAGAAGACAAGCUGGCUUUUGCGCUUUUUACGAAUCUGUUCUGAGGAUGCGAAAGCUGUGUUUACUGCCGCUACUGUUAGUUUUCUCUUCCGAUCAUUCCUGGCUGAACCGAGAUCGAUUCCCUCGUCCUCAAUGUACCCAACUCUGAAUGUAGGUGACCGUAUUUUGGCGGAGAAGAUUUCCUUCUUCUUUAGAAGGCCUGAUAUUUCCGAUAUAGUGAUUUUUAAGGCGCCUCCUAUUUUGCAGGAAAUUGGUUAUGGUUCAGGCGAUGUAUUUAUAAAAAGAAUUGUGGCGAAGGCUGGGGACUGUGUUGAGGUUCUUGAUGGAAAGUUACUGGUUAAUGGUAUUGCUCAAGAAGAAGAAUUCAUUUUGGAGCCACUCGCUUAUGACAUGGAUCCGCUGGUUGUGCCUGAAGGUUAUGUCUUUGUGAUGGGAGACAAUCGCAAUAAUAGCUUUGAUUCGCAUAACCGGGGUCCGCUACCUAUUAAGAACAUUGUUGGUAGAUCCAUGUUUCAAUACUGGCCUCCAUCCAAAGUAUCCGAGACUUGCAAACUGACUCCUGCAAAUAAUUGUGUGGCAAUUUCUUGACAUCAUCGGUUGACGGCUUCGCGCUUUUUUGACCCAGAGUAUGCUGUUCACUUUAAGAAAUGUGCGGUGUGAAUAUAUUCAUUGAUGACAUAAGGGAACUCAACUGUGCCUCGCUCUGGUCGCAUUCUGAGUAUUUGUGCUCUUGAAAAAGAGCAAGGCCAUUAUCUCCCCCCCCCAAAAAAAGCGCGGUCUUGCAUGCAGGGAAAAAAGAAGAAAAGAACAGAAUUUUUUGUUUUCUUUUUUGAGCUCGGGAAAGAAAGCAACAUGUUGAUAGGUUUUUGUAUGUGCCACUUCAUGGUGCUAAUGCCCGACCCUAAGGUCGACAACGAAGCUUCGUCGAUUAUGUGGGUGGCCGAAUAAAAAAAAAUGAAGCUUCCACAACUAUGUGAAUAUGUACGGAUGUAUAUUUAUAGUGAAGUCGAGAAGUACUGGGUUUUAUUUUUUUGGUAAUUACAAUUAUUUUUAUU